AUGGGUGGGUCACUUUCGAAAGCUUUGGCCAAGAUCUUUGGUAACAAAGAAAUGCGCAUCUUGAUGCUUGGUCUAGAUGCUGCUGGAAAAACAACAAUUCUUUAUAAACUAAAACUUAAUCAAUCCGUGACAACAAUCCCUACCGUCGGUUUCAACGUGGAAACUGUGACAUAUAAGAAUGUCAAAUUCAAUGUUUGGGUUAACAAAAUUCGUCCACUAUGGCGUCAUUAUUAUACUGGUACUCAAGGACUUAUAUUUGUAAUUGACUCCCAAGAUCGCGAUAGAAUUGAUGAAGCACGUCAAGAAUUGCAUAGAAUUCUAUCUGAUCGCGAAAUGCGAGAUUGUUUAUUAUUAGUAUUUGCCAAUAAACAAGAUUUACCGGGAGCAAUGUCUCCUGCUGAAGUAACAGAAAAACUUGGAUUACAUCGUAUGAAAGAGAGAUCUUGGUAUGUUCAUCCUUCUUGCGCUACCACCGGGGAAGGUUUAUAUGAAGGAUUGAAUUGGCUAAAUCAAAAUACUAAAACGAAAUAA